CUGGGUAUUCUAGCAAGACUGGCAAUCAAAAUAACAUGCUCUGAUAACACAAUCUACCGCGUCACACCGGUCUAUGCCAUUUUAGAACCAGAAGAAGUGGUAGUAUUAAAUAUAGGAAGACUUGAUGGUGUGCCAAAGAAGGAUCGUCUCGGAAUCCUCAUGAUUGACUACAGCGGUACGGGUAACGCCAAAGAUGCUUUCAAG